AUGAAGUGGAGUUUUUUGGGACUAGUCUUACUUCUUGCAACAUGUUGUCAAGCCCUACCGUAUUUUGAAGUUUUGAUAACUUCAAUCGAUAAUCCUGCUGGAACUUUGGCAAACGGCCAGCCUUGUUCACAUUUUGGAUUUGUUGGAGCUGGAUGUAAUAUGGUGUUAGCUGCAGGGGUUUCGAGUAAUUUUGAAAAAUAUCCAGUGAAUCGAACAUCGGUGCUGAAUUCGAAAUAUGAAAGGAAAUUGGAGAAUAUUAAUGUUUUGGUGGGUGAUGCCGGAACUUAUGGAAAUACCGAAUUUAGGGUGAGUUUGGAAAUUUAAAUGAGUUAUGACGUAGAUCAAACCUACAGUAUCUCACAAUCAGUAAAGUAUUUUUGUUCGGUUCCUCUGGAAAAUAAUGAAAAUCAAAUGAAUAUUUAUUGUUAGAAAAAUUUUGACAGAAUGAUAAAUGUGUUAACCCCCUUUUUCCCUCUACAAAAAUGUUCAAUUUUCAGGGUUUCAUCCUCCAAAUCAACCUUCUCCUUGCUUCUGACACCGAUCAAGUCAUAGAUUCCUACACAAUUCAAAUAAAUACCACCCAACAAACCGGAGUUUCAUCAUACACAAGUCAAAGAGAUGGAACUUUGCCAACAACAAUCACAUUCGCUUGGAGCACAGAUAUUCCACCACCGGUCGUUGUUUCAACAACAACUUCAGUGCCAGAAUCAAGCACUUCGGCAUUCACAGGAAGCACAACCGCGUUUACCGGAACAACUCCAGCGCCAACAACUACACCGAAAUUGCCAGUCGAUUGCUCGGAAAUUGAGGGACUUACUGCAUCUUCUCAACAAACCAUCUAUCCAGAUGGUGUUACCGCUGUUCAAGUGUUCUGUGAUGUUAAGAGUUAUGGAAUUCUUACAGUUAUCCAAAGUCGAGAUAAUUCUGAUUCCUCAACUGAUUUCAAUCAAACUUAUGAUUCUUAUACUCAACAAUUUGGAAAUCCAACAGCAGCUUCGAAUUAUUGGUUUGGUUUGGAAAAUAUGAAUGUUUUGACAAAUCAGAAGACAUAUACUUUAUUGAUUGAUGUUUGUUGUGGAAAUGCAUUAUCUUCGAGACAAAUUUAUCACAGUUUUAAGGUUAGUAGAUUGUGAAAUAUAGUUACUAUGUACUUGACAAAUUUCGGUAUUAAAAAAAAAGACGUGGCAGUUUUUUCAUACAUAAUCUGAUUUUCAAUGACGUCAUCAAUGAUAAUUUUGCAAUAAAAACUCACAUGUUCCUGCCUGGCAUCAGAAAAUUAAAAAAAAUUAUUUGUCACCAUAUAUUUUUUCAGAUUGGCGCCAGCUCCACAAAUUACACCCUUUCUGCUACUGCUGAUCUUCCAGGAAUCGGUCUCGAUUAUUCCAGUAGUGGAAAAGAUAUUGGUGCGCAAUUUGCCACGCACGAUAGAUAUAUCCUGCCGACUACAAAGUAUGUUCAAGUGUACUCCGCAAGCUUCCACGUUGAUUUUUAGCGCUAAACAAGGUUUCCCUCUCAAAAAAUUAAUUUUCAGAGACUCUUGCGAUGAAUUCGAUUAUGUUAGCGAUGAUAAUAAAGAUGUUCAACCAUAUGGUGGUUGGUGGUUCGGAAGUUGUGGAAAUAAUUUAAAUGGAGCUCUCAUCUCAAAUACCGCUGCUGGAACUUGCUCAAUUUCGUGAGUUUAUUUUUUUUUGACAAGAAACGUCAUAAUCUGUCAUUUCUCCAGGUCAUUUGCUGGCGAGCUUGGUGUGAAUUUGCGAACUACAACUGGAACAAAUGCCGAUGGUUGGGAUGUUGAUCUUAUUUCAUAUAAUCGUGUCAGAAUGGCAAUUUUCACAUUUGACUCAUUAUUGAUUGAAAAAUCUGACGAUACUUUCUGCAAAAAUUAA